UUGCCGAUGCUUGUAUGUUCUUGGGUCAUCAGGAGCCGGUCACCGUCGCUGUGGAGGAAUGCGGCGUGGCCCCCAAAACAGCGGUAGAUUGGUACAAUUACAGUCAUAAAUUUGCAGAGGUUUUCUUCUCUUACCAGCAAGAAAUGAAGCUUGGAAGUAAAGAGAUGCACGUCGAGACCGAUGAGACCUUCACCCGGAGGCAAAAAUACAACCAUGGCUGCGUAACUAAAGGCACCCAAAUCACCAUCUUCGGUGCCUAUAGUCGGGAAACACGGGAGGUGAUGUACUGGCAUGUGGACAAAGAGAGACGAUGGAUUCUCUGGAGCCACAUGCUCAGAUACAUCGCCCCCGGUACCAUCAUUGUUUCUGACAGCGCGGCCCAAUAUCGCGGUUGUACGACGAUGGGCUUCUCUGAACAUAAGACCGUCAAUCACAGACAGCGGGCCCCGAAAGAUAAGGAAGAUAAAGCUUGCAAUGUGUUAUGUGAAAGAAAUGAGCAGGCGUUAUUGAAAAGUGACAUUUUUAUUUUAUUUUCUGAGCAAAUUCGUCGAUACCGAUGA